AUGCCCCGCGCGUUGAGCUCCAUAUUCGGUCCAUCUCGUGGCACAAAGUCUUUCUCGGUAAACCGGGAACUGUCCCGUGCGGCUGGCUCCUAUACCUCCCUCCACGCGGCUCACACACACCUGUGCUUAGGGGCUCGAGACUGCGCGGGUAUAGCGCGUGUGCUUAUCGGCUGCAGCAAGGACCUGCGUCCAUGUCUGGGAGCGCGCAGUGACCAGGUGGAUGUGGUAAUGAUAUCGUGCGCGGCAAACGGUAAAAACUGGAACUGGUUAUAUCCCGAUAAUCGUUAUCCGGUUCGAAGUCAAAUUCUGUUAAGAAAUUGGUGGAGUUUGACCUAAAGGAAACACAUCCAACAAAACGUUGAAUCCUUUUUCCCCGCUCUUUCUUUUCUCCCCUCUUUUCUCUUAUCUUUCUUAUCUGGAUCUUAUCCUUUUGGUGGACAAAAAGUCAGAAAUAUAAAGCAAAUCCCUUUUAUUGUAUUUAUUUCCUCCUGAAAAAACCCCCCCAAUAUUCGUUCACCCACUGCAACCAGUCAACUCUUCAAACUCUCUCUCUCUCUCUCUCUCUCUCUCUCUCUCUCUCUCUCUCUCUCUUUUCCUUUGAUCCCUCCCUCCCAGAAGAUUGUCUCGCGCAGGGAGCGGAGUUGUUGCGGUUAACAAGCGGUUGUCUCGUGCCUGUUGAAGACAAGGCUCAUAAAUUACAGUGUGUUGUGGAACCAGCUCGUGCAACCGUUCAUCAACAGCAGCAAUUAACUCCUUUGAUUUACCCCCAAGACACUUUCUCUCUCUCUCUCUCGCUCUCUCUCUCGCUCUCUCUCUCUCUCUCUCUGUCUCUCUGUCUCUGUCUCUCUCUCUCUCCCCCCCCCCCCCUCUCUCUCUCUCCCUCUCUCUCUCUCUCUCUCUCUCUCUCUUUCUCUCACAGUUUUAGCUCAUUAUUUGCAUGUUAUAAUUGGUCCAAUGCAAAAGACAUGGAACAUGCACAACUAACCUACUUCAUCUUAUUACCUGCCUCUUUCACUGUUGUUUCAACUAAUUAUUAUUACGUUUAUAAUUUUCAGUCCAAGUGUUCGGUGAACUAAAAAUGUGUUCACCCAAACGUAUCUCCAACUUGAAAAAACGUCAACUUAAAAUGAUGUGUUUGGUCAAAUUGUCUUAUAUGUUCAUUCAACUAGAAAUUAUUAUUUACUUAAAGAAGGCUGGGGAACUAGUUACACACACACACCGUGAUUUUAACAUACAAUGUUUUCAACUUACAUAUUUAAUACACAUUGACAUACAUGAAAACAGGAGCUGCCUCCACUAUUCCAGCACCAUUUCAACUUCAACAUCAUCAAAUCACCUCUGCUUAGUCUAAUACAGUGACAACUAAAAGAUACCAAAAACAAUUUAGUCCAAUCAACAAAAGCUAAAUAUGAUGUGGCUGUCCAUGGUUCUGAUUUGCCAUGGUUUUGAUUUGAGUGUGUGUGUGUGUGUGUGUGUGUGUGUGUGUGUGUGCGUUUGUGCAAGUAGAAAAAACAUGUUGACUCACCCGACUUGAGUCAAUGCCAUCCUCCUCUCUUUCAUGUUGACGAAAUGGUAUAUGACUGUCAUACAGCACACGCUUUUAUUUUCUGUUGUCCUAGGCUACCUGGCUAAAAUGCUUGCUCGCUAGCCUAAUUUCCUUUCAUGGGCAACGUUAGCUAGUUAGCAUUAUCCUACUACAUCAAGCUACAUAUUGAACUUCCAUACUCUCAGGCCAGGGGCACAACCACUUAUGAAUUAAUGGUUGGAUCAGAAUCGCCAUUAUAAUCAUUGGCCAGUACGGACAAUGAAGUAAAACCCCAAGUCCAAAUCCCCAUCUCCAUCCAUGGCUAAUUUAGGAAAGGACCAAUUUUAGCUAGCUAGCUAACCACCGGAAGACAACAACACAACAAGAUGCAACAAUUCAAGUUGUUUCUGUCAAUUACGUAUUUCUCUUGAUGUGAUGUGAUUGGAGUGAAGCAGAAUCCAAACUGGCAUCACUUGACAAUUUUUUUUGGUGCCCCAGAACCAUUCACAGUUUAGCUCAACGCUUAUUGGCUAUUAUUUCAAGGGAGGCCAAAUGCUCACUGGCUUCCCUUGCAUUCAAUGCUAUGGGAGGCAACAAUGUCAUACUCUUUUUGACCAGACAGCAUCAGAUAGAUGGGCUACACAUACAGAGACAGAGGGGCGCUGUUUCGCUCGCUCGGAUGCUUUCUCCGGUGAAUUGAAGGGAGAUUAUGAAACAGAAAGAGACUAAAGAUACAUUAUUGUAUUUCAUUUUCUUUUUUUCUUGGUCAAUUGUUUGGGGAAGCCUGGCUUCCCUUGGCAUCCAUGAAUACACGCCACUGCACAAACAUUGUCCUGACACAGACAUGGUGCUGACACAGACAUGGUCCUGAAGAUCGGAAGGUCAUGAACCAAGAGGUUGUGAGUUCAAAUACCAGGAGAGGACAUGUUAAAUAAUAAUUACUGUAUAAAUGAACAUGAACAAUAUCAACGUGCGUCAAAUAUGUAAAUUGAAAAAACAUUGAAUGUUAAAAGCACUGUGUGUGUAUGUAACCAUUUGAACAGCCUUUUUAAGUUAAGAUGCCCAACUAAUAAUUUAUAGUUGAAUGAACAUAGGAGACAAGUUGAGCAAACACAUAAUUUUAAAUUGACUGAAUUUAAAAAAAAUGUUUUCUCAAGUUGUAGCUAAGUUUGGGCCAACAAUUUUUUUUAGCUCAGGAAACACUUUGACCAUAAAGUGGAGUAAACUAUAUAAAGCUGUGGAAGCAGUUACUUAAUCAUGAUUAGCAGAAACAUGUAGAUUUUCUUUACAGUGUUCCAUUACUACACACACACACACACGCAAGCAAGCAAGCUAGGACAGGAAAACUGUGCUGCCCUGCUAAUAAAAAUAUGCUGCUGCAGAUUCCAAAUUCCACUGCCUGUCUCUGCCCAACCCGCUCCUUACACACACACACACACACACACACACACACACACACACACACACACACACACACACACACACACACACACACACACACUCACACACCACUCAUACACACACACACACACACACACACACACACCACUCAUACACACCGCCUAAGGAUUACUAUUUAAGAGGAGGAUUCUGUAAGGCUCUCUGCUUCCAGUCAGGGUUGUAAUCAACCUUCAUGUUUCAUCACUUUUAAUGUGGAAAAACAGUGAGCCAGUUGAUAUGAGUGUGUGUGUGUGUGUGUGUGUGUGUGUGUGUGUGUGUGUCUGUCUGUCUGUCUGUCUGUCUGUCUGUCUGUCUGUGUGUCUGUCUGUCUGUCUGUGUGUGUGUGUGUGUGUGUGUGUGUGUGUGUGUACGUGUGUGUGUGUGUGUGUGUGUGUGUACGUGUGUGUGUACGUGUGUACGUGUGUGUGUGUGUACGUGUGUAUGUGUGUAUGUGUAUAUGUGUGUAAGGAUAAGAGCUAUCAGUUCAUGAGGAUACAGAGGUUUUUAUAGUGAAUACGUUGUGUCUGGAGGCAGAUAGAGUCACACAGCCCCAGGUCUCUCCUGUACUGAAUCCUGACAUUGUCUCUGAAGGUUGAUUCAUCAUAGAUCAGUGAAUCCUGAUGUUGUGUCUGAAGGUUGAUUCAUCAUAGAUCAGUGAAUCCUGACAUUGUGUCUGAAGGUUGAUUCAUCAUAGAUCAGUGAAUCCUGACAUUGUGUCUGAAGGUUGAUUCAUCAUAGAUCAGUGAAUCCUGACAUUGUGUCUGAAGGUUGAUUCAUCAUAGAUCAGUGAAUCCUGACAUUGUGUCUGAAGGUUGAUUCAUCAUAGAUCAGUGAACCUGACCAUUGGUCUGAAGGUUGAUUCAUCAUAGAUCAGUGAAUCCUGAAUUGUGUCUGAAGGUUAUUCAUCUUUAGAUCAGGAAUCUGACAUGUGUUGAAGGUUGAUUCAUCAUAGAUCAGUGAAUCCUGAUUGUCCUGAAGGUUGAUUCACAUUAGUCAGAUCCGAUUGUGUCUGAAGGUUUGUUUUUCAUAGAUCGUGAAUCCUGCUUUGGGUUCUGAAGGUGAUCAUAUAGAUCAUGAUCUACUGUGUCGAAGGUUGAUUCAUCAUAGACGUAAAUCCUGAAAUUGUGUCUGAAUUGGAUUCAUCAUAGAUCGGAACCCUUUAUUGGGUGCUGACGGUUGAUCAUCGUAGAUCAGUGAAUCCUGACUUUGUGUAUGAAGGUUGAUUAAUCAUAGAUCAUGUCUUCUCUCCCUAGUUUUCUCUUCCUCUUCCUACCCAUCCUUCCCCCUUUCCCUUUGUAAGGACGGUAAUUCCGUGAAUAGAAUGAAUAACCGUUAGCGUUCAAGACUUAAAUAUUAGAGACCUAAAUAUUAGAGACCUAAAUAUUCGAGCUAGCUCCCCCAGCCAAUACCUUGGCUUAAACUCAGUGAAGUCAGUGGGCUAACAUAGUCAUGUGGCUUACAGGAGACCUCUGUUGGAGCCCCAGUCUGUCUCACUCUAUCCCUUCCUCUUCCUCUCUCUCUCUCUCUCUCUCUCCUGCCCUCCUCCCUUCUAUGGGAACAAGAUAACCUCUCUAAUGUAGCACAUCUGUUCUUCACUCAGGAUUGACAAACUGGCUAAAGCUGACAUUGAAACCUGUGAGAUGGUUUUGAUUGUUUCUCAAUGCUUUCACACAGAUUAUUUUGUGGAGCUCAUAUCAUCAAAGUAAUUCCUCGCUCCUCUCCUCUCUCUGGUCCUCGCUCUCUGUCUUCGACUUCUCUCUGUCCUAGCUCUCCAUCUCCUCGCUCCUCCGAUCUCUCCUCUGUCUGUCUAUCUAUACUGGUCUUCUGUCCCUGUCAUGUUCUGUCUGUCAUGUACUGUCAUGUCCUGUCUUUCUGGUCUGUCUGUCCUAUGCUGUCUGUCUGGUCUGGUCUGUCUGUCUGUCUGUCUGUCGGUCUGUCUCAUCUUCUUCUUCUCUCUUUUCUAUUCUCUCUCUCUUUCUCUCUCUCUUCCCUCUUUCUCUCUCUCUCUCUUCUCCUCUCGUCUCUCUCUCUCUCUCUCUCUCUCUCUCGCUCUCUCCCCUCUCCCUCCCUUUUUCCCACCUCACACUUUAAACACAGGGUUCUGUCCCAAAUGGCCCCCUAUACCUUAUAGGGCCCUGGUCUAAAGUGGUGCACUACACAGGGAAUAGGGGGCCAUUUUGGACGCAGGCACAUAAACAUGUUGAGAUGUGAGGGCCGCAGGUAUCCAGGUAAAGAACAAAAAAAAUGAAAAAACACAAACAACAACAACACAAACAACACAACAAAAAAAACAAACACAACACAAAAAACAACACACACAUUCCCCCUUCCCUGAUGUUAGAUAUUUUCCCAAAUAGUUCUACCUCUUUCCCCUCAGGUAGGUUUAAGUGUGUGUGUGUGUGGGGGGUUUUUGUGUGUGUGUGUGUGUGUGUUGUGUGUGUGUGUGUGUGUGUGGGUGUGUGUGUGUGUGUGUGUGGGUGGGUGUGUGUGGGGUGUGUGUGUGCGGUGGGGGGGCGUGUGUGUGUGUGAUCAUCUGGUCAAUGAAUAUUGAUAAAAAAAUAAAACACAUUUCAAUCGAUUGAAUCCAAAUCAAUGUUGGACAGCAAGAUGGCGUCUUCAAUGCAUUUAUGUUUGUUAAGUUUGUCCUGUUGUAGCUUCAUCCCUUAUUGGCUACUACUGUUGUUUUGUAUCUGCAUGAGUACAGUUUAGGGCUACAUGAUCCCAAGACGCUGGCAAUUUAAACAAUCUGAUCAAGUUGAUUGAGCUGAUUAAACAAUCUGAUCAAGUUGAUUGGGCUGAUUAAAUAAUCUGAUCAAGUUGAUUUAGCUGAUUAAACAAUCUGAUCAAGUUUGAUGUGCUGAUUAAACAAUCUGAUCAAGUUGAUUGGCUGUUAACAAUUACAAGUUGAUUGUGCUUAACAAUUUAAAAAAGUAAUUGAUUUAUAUUAAACAAUCUGAUCAAGUUGAUUGAGCUGAUUAAACAAUCUGAUCAAGUUGAUUGAGCUGAUUAAACAAUCUGAUCAAGUUGAUUGAGCUGAUUAAACAAUCUGAUCAAGUUGAUUGAGCUGAUUAAACAAUCUGAUCAAGUUGAUUGGCUAAUUAAACAAUCUGAUCAAGUUGAUUGUGGUGAUUAAAAAUUGUAAGGGUUAUUGAGCUGAUUAAAAAAUCUGAUCAAGUUUAUUGAGGCUGUUAAACAAUCUGAUCAAGUUGAUUGAGUGUUAAAAAUCUGAUCAAGUUGAUUGAGGGUUAUUAAAAAUUGAUCAAGUUGUUGAGCUUUUUAAAAAUUGUCAAGUUGGUUCGAUUCCCCGGUAAGUGAGACUGAUUAAAAUCUGUAGGUUAACUAAAAAUCCAUCGGUUUCAAUUAGGUGAUUAAAAACCCUGGUAGUAUUGCGAAAUUCCAUCUGUCCAAAGGUUGGCGUAAAAAUUUAAAAGUUUUUUAAUGAUUUCAAUUAAAAAGGGAUUAAAUAAAAAUUUAUUUGUUUGUGAAAAUUCAACCCGUCUUAAAGGUGCAUUACAAUUUUGACAAUUUUUAGACUUAAAAAAAGAAAGGAAAUUACUAUAAAAUCUGUCCCCGGGUACGAAAUUUCUUCUUAUUGGGGAAAACAACUACCAAUUGGUUAGGGAAAAAAAACAUCUGAUAGUAUUGACUUAUUAAAACUCUGUCCCUUAAUGAGUAUUAAAACAAUUGCAAUUAGACUUUAAAACAAUUUACCCCCCAAAAGGGCUCCCAGGGGGGAGCGGUCUAAAAAUAUUAUUUUAGGCGCUUUUCCAAACCCCGGUUCAUUUAGGCGAUCACACGUUGGGUUGGGUCCCAAAGGGGGGCACCACAAUGGCCAGCGGCCCCGGUUCCGGUUGAGGCCACAGUGUUAAAAUUUUUUCCAACUAUUUCCCAUAAAAUAAAAUUUUUUAUUGAUUGGUUUUUAAAGUGGUUUAAGCCUAGUACUAAAACGAUGACAUCAUAUCUGUAUUCUGACAUCUUUCUAGACUUAGACAGAGAGGAAGAGGCCAAUCUCCUUCACUCUCGUCAAAUAUCUGUCCACGAUAAGCAGACCGCCUGCUUUCCCUCCUUUGCGACAACAACUCCCAUUGUUAGGGAAGAGACAAGACCAUCUUGUCAGUGAGUAUCUGACAUUAAUUACUUUCUGUUUUCCUCUUUAAUGAGAUAUCUAGGCCACACGGUGGCGCCAAACCUCAGCACUUUCACCAACGCUUCACCACAAGGAUCAACCGGAGAUACUGUAAUAAUAAUAACAAUGCCAUUUAGCAGACGCUUUUAUCCAAAGCGACUUACAGUCAUGUGCGCAUACAUUUUCACGUAUGGGUGGUCCCGGGCAUCGAACCCACUACCCUGGCGUUAUAAGCACCAUGCUCUACCAGUUGAGCUACAGAGGUGUCUGAGCAGUUUUCAUCUAAUAUAACGAUCUGAAAGUGAUUAAUAAAAGUGGUCUGAAAUGGAAUCAGGUUAAAAUCAAUUAAACACAAGAUACAUUUGGGUAAAAAAAAACUGCCAAUGUCUAACUGUUCAACCUAGGCCAACAUAUUAAAUUUUAGCAGACGCUCUUAUCCUUACAGGAGCAAUUAGGGUUAAGUGCCUUGCUCAAGGGCACAUUGACAGAUUUUUCACCUAGUCAGCUCGGGGAUUAGAACCAGCGACCUUUCGGUUACUGGCACAACGCUCUUAACCACUAAGCUACCUGCCGCCCCAAAUGUUCAAUCUAAACCAACAUAUUAAUAUAUAAUAUUAAUAAACGGUAACCUAAUUGGUCUUUUAACCAGGCAGUGAUGAUCACAAUUUGUUCAAAGAUCAAGUUUUUUAUUUAUUUAGGUAAAUUUAGAAGUCUUUCAGCAUUAUUAGUUAUUUUAAAAAGUUGCCAUUAAAAAACGUUAAAUUACUAAAAACAAAUAUUAAUAAUUUUAUUCGCAAUCAGUGUUUCCUAAAAUCUGUUCUGUAAACUCAGUCUUUAUCCACCAGAGUAGUACAUGUGGUCCUCUGUAGCUCAAUUGGUAGAGCAUGGCGCUUGUAAUGCCAGGGUAGUGGGUUCGAUCCCCGGGACCACCCAUACGUAAAAAUGUAUGUCACUAAAGCGUCUGCUAAAUAUUAUUAUUGUUAGUUUUUCCUUGUCAUGGAUAUAUAGCCUAGUCCAGGGAUUGGCAACUUUGAUGGGGGUGGGGGCCACAAAAAAUCUGAACUCAUCAUGAUGGGCCGCAGUCGCGCCGCCGCCGCCGUCCCACGAGUUAUGUGUUGCAGUUCUACCCAGUUUGCCAUGCGGUGUAGAGAACAUGUUAGGUUUUAAAGUAAGUUAGCUGCAAUUCUACACAUUUUGCCAUAGGGUGGAGAGAAAUGUUUACAGUCCCUAAUGUGAUAUCUGAGUGAGAAUGACUAACAAAAUCAAUGGGGGCCCCAAAGUGGUAAUUCGACCAUGAUUACUAGAAGUUUAGACAGCUGGCUGCUAAACUAAUAUACCCAUCUAAAAACUGUUAGCUGACAUGGGUUAAUUGAGUGACUAUCAAUGACUGAAAUAACAAGAGGACAUCUGCUAAUGUGCAACCAAAUUUCGAAAUUGCACCUUGUGCAUUCUACUAUUCUAACUCGCAACAGUAAACAACAGACCCCAUCUCUGGCCUAGUCAAUACUGUUCUAUCGAGCUCAACAGAUGAGGCGGGGAAGCCGCACCAGAUGACCAACCGAUAGUGUAGCCUACGGGUUAGAUAAUCCUCGUGUAGGGCUUGUGUUUGCUAUCCAUGUGACUCUGCAGCGCUGUGUGUGUGUGUGUGUGUGUGUGUGUGUGUGUGUGUGUGUGUGUGUGUGUGUGCGUGAGUGUGUGUGUGUGUGUGCGUGUGUGUGUUAUCCGCUUACAGUGGCACUCAACUCAAAGCCCCUGUCAUCUUGCCACAGCUUGCGCUGCUGCUUGCUCAGUCCCGAUGUGCCAACUGGAGAGAGAAGAGAAGCGACGUUAGUUAGUUAUUUGAACGUUAAGGGAAAAACGUUAGCAGAGCCAUGUCGAGCCCAGGACAAAAAGUGGUGCUGAUCACCGGUUGCUCCUCCGGGAUCGGGCUGAGGAUGGCGGUGAUGCUCGCCAAGGACGAGAAACAGCGCUAUCACGGUAAGAGAGUAACCCCCAGUACAUUCAGAGAGUAUUCACCCCUUUACUUUUUCCACAUGUUGUUGUUACAGCCUGAAUUACAAAUGGAUACAAUUUAGAUGUUUUUGUCACUGGCCUACACACAAUAUCCCACAGUGUCAAAGUGGAAUUAUGUAUUUUUAAAUUGUUACAAAUUAAUACAAAAUGAAAAGCUGAAAUGUAUUGGGUCAAUAAGUAUUCAACCCCUUUGUUAUGGCAAGCCUAAAUAAAUUCACGAGUAAAACUGUGCUUAACAAGUCACAUAAUAAAGUUGCAAGGACUCACUCUGUGUGCAAUAAUAGUGUUUAACAUGAUUUUGUAAUCAAUACCUCAUUUCUGUACCCCACACAUACAAUUAUCUGUAAGGUCCCUCAGUCAAGCAGUGAAUUUCAAACACAGAUUCAACCACAAAGACCAGGGAGGUUUUCCAAUGCCUUGCGAUGAAGGGUAAAGAUGGGUAAAAAAAAAAAGCAGACAUUGAAUAUCCCUUUGAGCAUGUUGAAGUUAUUAACUACACUUUGGAUUGGGUAUCAAUACAUCCAGUCACUACAAAGAUACAGGCGUCGUUCCUAACUCAGUUGCCGGAGAGGAAAGGAUUCCACCAUGAGGCCAAUGGUGACUUUAAAACAGAGUUUAAUGUCUGUGAUAGGAGAAAACUGAGGAUGGAUCAACAAUAUUGUAGUUACUCCACAAUACUAACCUAAAUGACAGAGCGAAAAGAAGGAAGCUUGUACAGAACAGAAAUAUUCCAAAACAUGCAUCCUGUUUGCAACAAGCACUAAAGUAAUACUGCAAAAAAUGUGGCAAAGCAAUUCACUUUUUUUCCAAAAUGCAAAGUGUUUUGUUUGGGGCAAAUCCAAUAUAACACAUUACUGAGUACCACUCACCAUAUUUUCAAGCAUAGUGGUGUCUGCAUCAUGUUAUGGGUAUGCUUGUAAUCGUUAAGGACUGGGGAGUUUUUCAGGAUAAAAAAGAAAUUGAAUGGAGCUAAGCACAGGCAAAAUCCUAGAGGAAAACCUGGUUCAGUCUGCUUUCCACCAGAUACUGGAAGAUGAAUUCACCUUUCAGCGGGACAAUAACCUAAAACACAAGGCCAAAUCUACACUGGAUUUGCUUACCAAGAUGGCAGUGAAUGAUCCUGAGUGACUGAAUUACAGUUUUGACUUAAAUCUACUUAAAAAUCUAUGGCAAGACCUGAAAAUGGUUGUCUAGCAAUGAUCAUAAACCAAUUUGACAGCACUUGAAUAAUUUUGAAAAUAAUAAUGGGCAAAGGUUGUACAAUCCAGGAUUGGAAAGCUCUUAGAGACUUACCCAGAAAGACUCACAACUGUAAUCACUGCCAAAGAUGCUUCUACAAAGUAUUCACUCAGGGGUGAGAAUACUUAUGUAAAUUACAGUGGGGAGAACAAGUAUUUGAUACACUGCCGAUUUUGCAGGUUUUCCUACUUACAAAGCAUGUGGAGGUCUGUAAUUUUUUUCAUAGGUACACUUCAACAAAUCACAUUGUAUGAUUUUAAAGUAAUUAAUUUGCAUUUUAUUGCAUGACAUAAGUAUUUGAUAUAUCAGAAAAGCAGAACUUAAUAUUUGGUACAGAAACCUUUGUUUGCAAUUACAGAGAUCAUACGUUUCCUGUAGGUCUUGACCAGGUUUGCACACACUGCAGCAGGGAUUUUGGCCCACUCCUCCAUACAGACCUUCUCCAGAUCCUUCAGGUUUCGGGGCUGUCGCUGGGCAAUACAGACUUUCAGCUCCCUCCAAAGAUUUUCUAUUGGGUUCAGGUCUGGAGACUGGCUAGGCCACUCCAGGACCUUGAGAUGCUUUUUACGGAGCCACUCCUUAGUUGCCCUGGCUGUGUGUUUCGGGUCGUUGUCAUGCUGGAAGACCCAGCCACGACCCAUCUUCAAUGCUCUUACUGAGGGAAGGAGGUUGUUGGCCAAGAUCUCGCGAUACAUGGCCCCAUCCAUCCUCCCCUCAAUACGGUGCAGUCGUCCUGUCCCCUUUGCAGAAAAGCAUCCCCAAAGAAUGAUGUUUCCACCUCCAUGCUUCACGGUUGGGAUGGUGUUCUUGGGGUUGUACUCAUCCUUCUUCUUCCUCCAAACACGGCGAGUGGAGUUUAGACCAAAAAGCUAUAUUUUUGUCUCAUCAGACCACAUGACCUUCUCCCAUUCCUCCUCUUGAUCAUCCAGAUGGUCAUUGGCAAACUUCAGAUGGGCCUGGACAUGCGCUGGCUUGAGCAGGGGGACCUUGCGUACUCUGCAGGAUUUUAAUCCAUGACGGCGUAGUGUGUUACUAAUGGUUUUCUUUGAGACUGUGGUCCCAGCUCUCUUCAGGUCAUUGACCAGGUCCUGCCGUGUAGUUCUGGGCUGAUCCUGAUCAUUGAUGCCCCACGAGGUGAGAUCUUGCAUGGAGCCCCAGACCGAGGGUGAUUGACUGUCAUCUUGAACUUCUUCCAUUUUCUAAUAAUUGCGCCAACAGUUGUUGCCUUCUCACCAAGCUGCUUGCCUAUUGUCCUGUAGCCCAUCCCAGCCUUGUGCAGGUCUACAAUUUUAUCCCUGAUGUCCUUACACAGCUCUCUGGUCUUGGCCAUUGUGGAGAGGUUGGAGUCUGUUUGAUUGAGUGUGUGGACAGGUGUCUUUUAUACAGGUACCAAGUUCAAACAGGUGCAGUUAAUACAGGUAAUGAGUGGAGAACAGGAGGGCUUCUUAAAGAAAAACUAACAGGUCUGUGAGAGCCGGAAUUCUUACUGGUUGGUAGGUGAUCAAAUACUUAUGUCAUGCAAUAAAAUGCAAAUUAAUUACUUAAAAAUCAUACAAUGUGAUUUUCUGGAUUUUUGUUUUAGAUUCCGUCUCUCACAGUUGAAGUGUACCUAUGAUAAAAAAUUACAGACCUCUACAUGCUUUGUAAGUAGGAAAUCCUGUAAAAUUGGCAGUGUAUCAAAUACUUGUUCUCCCCACUGUAGAUGUUUCUAUAUUUCAUUUUCAAUAAAUAUGCAACAUUUUCUCAAAACAUGUUUUCACUUUGUGAUUAUGGCGUAUUGUGUGUAGAUGGCUGAGCAAAAAAUAACAACAAUUGAAUCCAUUUUGAAUUCAGCCUGUAACACAACAAAAUGUGGAAUAAAUCAAGGGGUAUGAAUACUUUCCGAAGGCACUGUAUGUGUGAGACAUAAAGUCUGUAUGUGUGUGUGUAUGUGUGUGUGUGUGUGUGUGUGUGUGUGUGUGUGUGUGUGUGUGUGUGUGUGUGUGUGUGUGGUGUACCUCAGCCUAAUGGUGAUGACAGUAGGUUAUGUCCAAACAGUCAGAUAUAUUGAAUUAUAAAAACCUGUAGUUUAUGAUCUAUCUCUAUAUAAAAAAAAACAUGAUUUAUGGUCUAAAGUAGUGCACUAUGUAGGGAAUAGGGUGCCAUUUGAUACUUACACAGCAGGUUUCAACACAGCAGGGUUCAACUCAGCAGGGUUCAACACUUACACAGCAGGUUUCAACACUUACACAGCAGGGUUCAACACAGCAGGGUUCAACACAGCAGGGUUCAACACUUACACAGCAGGGUUCAACACAGCAGGGUUCAACACAGCAGGUUUCAACACUUACACAGUAGGUUUCAACACAGCAGGGUUCAACACAGCAGGGUUCAACACAGCAGGUUUCAACACUUACACAGCAGGUUUCAACACUUACACAGUAGGUUUCAACACUUACACAGCAGGGUUCAACACAGCAGGGUUCAACACUUACACAGCAGGGUUCAACACAGCAGGGUUCAACACAGCAGGUUUCAACACUUACACAGUAGGUUUCAACACUUACACAGCAGGGUUCAACACAGCAGGUUUCAACACUUACACAGCAGGGUUCACACAGCAGGGUUCAACACAGCAGGUUUCAACACUUACACAGCAGGGUUCAACACUUACACAGCAGGGUUCAACACUUACACAGCAGGUUUCAACACUUACACAGCAGGUUUCAACACUUACACAGCAGGGUUACAUGAUUGUCCGUGUACGUAAGUGUUUUUGUAACAAUAACUCUAACUGUUACGCAAACUGUAAGCGUAGCUGUAACUAUGUACGUGUAACUGUCUGUAAGUGGCUGUGUGUGGAAAUAACACUGAUACACAACAAAUAUCACCUACAUAGCAGGUUAUACCACUGAUACACAACGUACAUCACUUACAUAGCAGGUUAUAACACUGGUACUCAUAGGAGAGAACAGUUACAUAGCAGGUUAAACCACUGACACACAUAGGAGAGAACAGUUACAUAGCAGGUUAAACCACUGACACACAUAGGAGAGAACAGUUACAUAGCAGGUUAAACCACUGACACACAUAGGAGAGAACAGUUACAUAGCAGGUUAUAACACUGGUACUCAUAGGAGAGAACAGUUACAUAGCAGGUUAUAACACACAGCACGGUUACAUGAUUGUCUGUCUGCUAUGCAAGGCCCUGUGUAUGGCAGAGUGUGUAUGUUUCUUACACGUCACGGUUAUUAUGUCUCAUCCCUGCUUAACCAAUCAGACCAAUCAGUAAGAGUAGGACCAUUACCACUGCUCUCUGUGUCAUAAUGCCUGGCGGACAAUACCUAAACCUCCAGGAGGGGCCCUGGCUAGGCCGCUUACUGCCCCGGAGGGUGGGGUGGGAUGGGUAUUCCCGCUAACGCUAAGCUAGCCCCAUAAUAAGAUCAGACCACAGUGCCAGGGCUAAAUCGGACAGCAGGGACGUGAGGUGUAGGUAGUUUAGGGCCGUCUGGCUGCUAUCUAUAGAAUAGUAUAAUAGACAGGAGACACAUGAGGAACAGGUAGUUUAGGGCCGUCUGGCUGCUAUCUUAUUGCACAAUAAUGUCUUAUAGAAUGUGGUUUCCAUACAAAAAUAUAUAUAUAUAUAUUCUCAGAAUGACAAUUUCAACCCUCCUUUCUCUCCCUCACACAAUUCCUUCUCUCUUUCUGCCUCUUGGUUCACGUCUCUCUCUCGUCUCCCCCCCGCUCUCCCCCUCUCUCUCUCUCUCUCUCUCUCUCUCCUCUCCCCCUCUCCCCCCCCCCUCUCUUUCUCUCUCUCUCUCUCCUUCCUGUCUUGAUUGUUGAUGUUUGCAUCCCCCCUUUCCUCUCCUCCUCUCCUUGACCUCUCAACAUACACAUUCCACACAGACACACAGUGUAAUCUAUGUUUACUCAAUAUCAGGUUUAAUCCAGUGAACUCUGUUUGACCCUAUUAUUCUCUUUUCUCCUUUCCUCCCCUUUCUUCUUUCUCCUUCUCUUAUCCCCUUCUCCCUUCUCUCCCCUUCUUCUCUCCUCCUCCCCCUUCCUCGAAGGGGCCUCCCCCUCCUCUCUUUCCCCCCCUCUCCCCUCUCUCGCCUUCCCCUCCCCUCCCUUUCCUCCCUUUCUCCCCUCUCUCUCUCAUUUUCCCCCGGCUCUUCCGGAGGGCGGGUGUCUCGGGGAAACCCUUUCUACUUUGGGGUUGCUGGCCAUCCUUUUAAAAAAUUUUUUUCCCCGGGCAAGCCCCGGGAAAAAAAAAUAAAGGACCCUUUUUGUUUGUUCUUCCCUUUUCUGGAAGGGGGGGGGCCCUUGGGUUUCUUUUCUUGGCCCCUUUUGUUUUUAUGAGGCCCUUUGUCCCGCCUUUGGCCCAGGGGGAAAACCCCGGUUUAUUUUCUGGUUCCGGGGUUUCCCCGUUUUCGCCUUAAACCCCCGGUCCCAAUCAGUGUGGGGGGGGGGUUUGCCUGGUUUUUUUUUAGAUAAAUUUUUUUUUGGGAUGGGUAAUCCUGGUCUCUCUGAAAGACGGUUUUCCUUCCCUUUUUUGGGGGGGUUAUUCCUUCCUUCUCGUUUGGGGACUUUUUUCCCUCCCCUCUUAAAAAAUUUUUCCCUUCAUCCUUGUUUUCCCUUGGUCUAAGGGAAGGGGUGGGAACAUGAAACCCCACUGGGAAAGUUUAGGGCGCGGAUAAUAAAAUUUUUCAAACCCAUUAGGUUGGGGUACCCAAAGGCCCUUCACUUUCCCCUUUUUUUUUUCCCCCCCCCCCCCAAAAAAAAAAAAAAAUUUUUUUUCCCCCCCCAUUCCGUGACUCUGUACCUAUAGGACCCUCUUUUCUGCUAAAAAGAAAACAAGCUUGUGGAGGCAGCGGGUGAUGCGUACGGGAAGACCCUCUCUCUAGCUGUGCUGGACGUGUGUACGGACGAGUCAGUCAAACAGUGUAUCAACGGAAUCAAGGACAGACAUGUAGACGUACUCAGUAAGGAACAUCUAUGGACUUAUCUGAAGGGGUUAUGUCCAAAAUGGCACCCUAAUCUCUACAUACUCAGUAAGGAACAGCUUUGUUUUUCAUGACGCAAGGCAACACUUCUGUCAAAAUAAAAACACAAUAACUAAGGAACACUUUUAUGAUUUGAAAAUCUAUAAACGUACGUAUUUACCCUUUUCUAGGUCCGGAUCCGGACCGGGGUCCGCCAGUUGAGUAUGGCUGAUAUAUACUAUACAGGCCCUGGUCAUAGCUCAGUGUAGAGAGACUGGGCUAAUGCCUGGUCAUAGCUCAGUGUAGAGAGACUGGGUUAAUACCUGGUCAUAGCUCAGUGUAGAGAGACUGGGCUAAUACCUGGUCAUAGCUCAGUGUAGAGAGACUGGGUUAAUACCUGGUCACAGCUCAGUGUAGAGAGACUGGGUUAAUGCCUGGUCAUAGCUCAGUGUAGAGAGACUGGGUUAAUGCCUGGUCAUAGCUCAGUGUAGAGAGACUGGGUUAAUGCCUGGUCAUAGCUCAGUGUAGAAAGACUGGGUUAAUACCUGGUCAUAGCUCAGUGUAGAGAGACUGGGUUAAUGCCUGGUCAUAGCUCAGUGUAGAGAGACUGGGCUAAUACCUGGUUAUAGCUCAGUGUAGAGACAGACUGGGCUAAUACCUUUGGUUCUACUGCCACCCUGUGGUGACGACUGGAACCCAACUGAAGAGACUUUAGCGCUCUGAUCACCCUUAUGUACAUGGCUGUCACUCUUUCCUUCUUCUUUCCCUAUUUCUCCCUCUCUCUUCUCUCUCCCCCCUCCUUCUACCUCCCCCUCUCUACCUCUUCUCUCUAUCCCCUCCCCCCUCCCACCUCUCCACCUCUUCUCUCUCUCCCCCCCUCCUUCUCCCUUCCCCAACUCGACCUCUUCUCUCCUCUCCCCCCUCCCCCUCUCCAUCUCUUCUCUCUCUCCCACCCUCCUUCUCCAUCCCUUCCCCCACUCGACCUCUUCUCUCUCUCCCCCCUCCCCCUCUCUACCUCUUCUCUCUCUCCCUCCCCCCCCUCCCCCUCUCCAUCUCUUUUCUCUCCCCCCCCCUCCUUCACCCAUCCACUCCCUCCCACCUCCUUCUCCCGUCCACUCCCUCCCACCUCUCCUCUCCCUCCUCCUCCCUCUCUCUCUAGUUAAUAAUGCAGGUAUAGGGCUGGUGGGACCGGUGGAAAGCAUCAGUAUCGCUGAGAUGAAGAGUGUGUUUGAGACCAACUUCUUCGGUGUGAUCCGGAUGAUCAAGGAGGUGAUGCCAGAUAUGAAGAAGAGGAGGGGAGGACACAUCAUAGUGGUCAGCAGUGUCAUGGGACUACAGGGUACGGAACUAUGCUUUACUGAUUGAUUGAUUGAUUGGUUGAUUGAUUGAUUGAUUGGCUGAUAUGAAAAAGAUGAGGGGACACACAUCAUAGUGGUCCAGGCGAUAUGUGCCAAAUUUGAGGUGAUAUGUUAACUUUUUCAUAAAAGCAUGAAACUCGGUACACUUGCACAGUUUGAGGCCUUGAACAUUUUCAGAUAUGGAGGCAUCGCCAAAACGCCUCCUGGCGGACAUUUUUAUAUUAUGCCAUUGCCGGACAACGUAUUUUUCUAAAUAUCUGCUGAACCAAACAUAAUAACACAGAAAAGGUGAUGUCUAGGUCUAUGUUUUGAUGGUGAAGGAUUACAGUGGGUCCAUGUGGUCCUCUGUAGCUCAAUUGGUAGAGCAUGGCGCUUGUAACGCCAGGGUAGUGGGUUCAAUCCCCGGGUCCACCCAUACGUAAAAAUGUAUGCACACAUGCCUGUAAGUCGCUUUGGAUAAAUGCGUCUGCUAAAUGGCAAUAUUAUAUGUACAACAUCAUAAACUGUUCUGAAUAUUAUAUAAUGGUGAAGCUAUGUGAAGAAAUCCAAUGAAAUCGCUGUUUCAUAUAAUAUUAUGUCUGUUGUUGAUUUGAAAAUGGGAUGAAACCCUUUUAGUUUUUAUACAUAAUGGUUGUCAAUAGGUGUGAUCAUAAUAAAAUAGUAAAAUAGUAUUCUCUUAUCUCAGGUGUUGUGUUUAAUGACGUGUAUGCUGCCUCUAAGUUUGCCAUGGAAGGGUUUUGUGAGUGUUUGGCUGUACAGCUGCUCAAGUUUAACGUCACGUGAGUUUCUCUAACACAACUACAUUUCCCAAAAUGAAUUUCUUUAUUUAAUAUAUUUGUCAGGGACGGACCAAUUAAAGCAUACGAUUAAAAACAUGAUCUCUCUUCUGUUCUUCUCCACCACCUUUUCUCUCUCUGUCCCUCUCACACCCCCCCCCCCCCCCGCCCCCCCCCUUCUUGUCUCUCUCUCCUUCGCCCCUUCUCCCCUCCUCAUCCAGCCGUCCUCCCCUCCUCUCCCUCCUCCCCCGUUCCUUCCUCGGCCCCUUCCUUACCGCCUUCCCGGCCGUCCUCCCCCUCCCCUCCUCCCCCUCUCCUCUCCCUCCUCUCCCUCCUCUCCCGCCUCUCCUCCCCUCUCGGAACCCCCCCCUCCUUCCCUCACCUCCUCGUCCCGCCGCCCGCGCUCCGUCGCUCGCGCCUCUCCUCUCCCCCUUCCUCCCCUCCGCUGCGGCUCCCCGUCGGAUCCUGCCCCUCCCGCUCUCUCGCCUUCCUUCUAGUCGCUCCUCUCCUCCGCCGAGUCCUUCCCACUCACCUCCUCUCCCUCCUCCCCAGCUCUCACUGCCUCUUCCUCCUCUCUCCGCCUCGUUCUCUCUCCCUCUCCCUCUCCUCCCUCCUCUCCCUCUCCCUUCCUCCUCUCCUUCCUCUCCCUCCCCUCAAGUAUGUCUAUGAUAGAGCCAGGCCCGGUCCAUACAGAGUUUGAAUCUAAGAUGAUACAGGACGUCCGUCAGAAAGAGUUCCCCGGGGCCGAUGCAGACACCGUCAACUACUUUAAAAACGUCUACCUGCCCUCCUCCGUCGACAUCUUUGAGACGCUCGGACAGACCCCCGAUGACAUCGCCAGGGUUAGUCCACCUGUCUGUGUGUGGCAUAGUCUAUCUCUCUCUACUCUCUCUAUCUACUCUCUCUCUCUCUCUAUCUACUCUCUCUCUACUCUCUCCCUACUCUCUCUCUCUACUCUCUCCCUACUCUCUCUCUACUCUCUCCCUACUCUCUCUAUAUACUUUCUCCCCACUCUAUCUCUACUCUCUCUACUCGAUAUCUACUCUCUCUCUACUCUCUCCCUACUCUCUAUCUACUCUUUCCCUACUCUUUCCCUACUCUCUACUCUCUCCCUACUCUCUCUAUAUACUUUCUCCCCACUCUAUCUCUACUCUCUACUCGAUAUCUACUCUCUCUCUACUCUCUCCCUACUCUCUAUCUACUCUUUCCGUACUCUCUCCCUACUCUCUCUCCCUCUCUCCCGCUCCUCCACGGCACUAACUAGUGUAUCUUUCUCCCUCUCUCCUGCUCCUCCAGUGCACUAACUAGUCUCUCUCCAUCUCCUCCAGUGCACUAACUAGUCUCUCUCCCUCUCUUCCAGUACACUAACUAGUCUCUCUCCCGCUCCUACAGUGCACUAACUAGUCUCUCUCCCUCUCUUCCAGUACACUAACUAGUCUCUCUCCCUCUCCUCCAGUGCACUAACUAGUCUCUCUCCCUCUCUUCCAGUACACUAACUAGUCUCUCUCCCGCUCCUCCAGUACACUAACUAGUCUCUCUCCCGCUCCUCCAGUACACUAACUAGUCUCUCUCCUGCUCCUCCAGUGCACUAACUAGUCUCCCUCCCUCUCCUCCUGUACACUAACUAGUCUCUCUCCCUCUCCUCCAGUACACUAACUAUUCUCUCUCCCUCUCCUGUAGUGCACUAAGAAGGUGAUUGAGCAGGGUAGCUCUGCACGGUUCCGGAACCUUACCAACCCUCUGUACACGCCCAUCGUGGCACUGAAGUACGCAGACGAGACAGGCGGCCUGUCGGUGCACGCCUUCUACCAUAUGUUGUUCAACCUGGGGCCCCUGAUGCACGUUAGCAUGAAGGCUAUGCAGUACCUGACCUGUGGAUGUCUACGCUCCAGGACCAUCUCCCCUAACUAGACACGGACACACACACACACAAACACACGCAGAGACACACACACACUAGUAUGCAUUAACUGACCUGUGGAUGUCUGUGCUCCAGGACCAUCUCACCCAACACACACACACACACACGGAGAGAGAGAGAGUCAAGACACACACUUGUAA